UCCAUAGGCCUACUCGUCGCGUAACAGUGAUACAGACCGUAACGGGGUGUGGUGUCACGUGGGCCAACAUGAAUGGCUGAAGUUUAACUUGCGUUGCUCAAACAAAUUCGACCAAAGCACACACACACAUUCAGCAACAAUAGUUUCAUACCUGUGCAACGAGAAGACUGGAGGAUGGACGCAGCAUACGAAAUUAACAGGAACUAUCCCACACUGGACAAUGGCAAAGAGCAGAGGACAGGCUCCAUGUACCUGGAGGAAGAGACCAGCACCAAGGCGGGGUGCUGUCCUGGCUUCUUCUCCCUGAAGGAGGAGGUUGGGGCGCUGGCCAAAGCUCCUCAGACUGUUUGAGGAGAAGGGCAUCACCUGAUGCACAUAGAAGUCUCGCUGGUCGCGAUUAACAACCAGGAGUUUGAGUUCUUCAACAGCGUGGACACCAGCUUCUCCAAGGCCUUGGACGAGAGUCGUCGACGCCCUCGCACCGAGAUCAGUGGCCCACGUCACGAGCUCUCACGCAACAAACAGAAGGACAGCACACCCUGGUUCCCCAAUGACAUCCAGGACUUGGACCGCUUGGCCAACCAGAUUCUGAGCUACGGAUCUGAGCUGGAUUCUGAUCACCCUAAGGAUCAGCCAUUCAUUACUGAUUUCCCCGCUAUAUACAGGGCCAGGAAAGCAGAGUUUGUUGACAUCGCCUACAACUACAGACAUGUCUCUGUCUCAGUGGAGGUCUUUCCCAAGGUGGAGUACACAGCGGAGGAGAAGGCCACGUGGAACACAGUGUUCAAUGAGCUGAAGACUCUAUACCCUACGCACGCCUGCCGUGAGCACAACCCGUGUGUUCCCUCGCUGGAGCAGUACUGCGGCUACAGGCAGGACAACAUCCCCCAGCUGGAGGACAUCUCACGCUACCUGCAGUCAUGCAGAGGUUUCCGGUUGCGCCCAGUGGCUGGCCCCUCCUCUCGGGAUUUCCUGGCUGGUCUGGCCCGAGUCUUCCACUCUACACAGUACAUCCGACACCAAUCCAAGCCCAUGUACACACCUGACCGUGAGGAUAUCUGCCAUGAACUCCUGGGGCAUGUUCCUCUGUUUGCUGACCCCACCUUUGCCCAAUUUGAACAGGAAAUCGGUCUGGCCUGGGUGCCCCCGAGUACAUUGGAGAGGCUUGCUACUGUAAGUCUAUUGUUCACAGUGGAGUUUGGCCUCUGCAAGCAGGGCUCUGAGAUCAAGGCCUAUGGAGCUGGCCUUCUCUCGCUCAUUUGAGAGCUGCAGUACUGUUUGACAGACAAGCCCAAGACUCAACCAUUUGACCCUGCGAAGACCAGCCUCCAGAAGUACCCAAUCACUGAGUACCAGCCCAUUUACUUUGUCGCCGAGAGCUUUGAUGACGCCAAAGAGAGAGUCAGGAAAUUUGCGACACUCAUCCCCAGGCCUUUCUCAGUGCGCUACAAUGCAUACACCCAGAGUAUUGAAGUCUUGGAUAACACCCAGCAGCUGAGAAACCUGGCUGACAACAUCAGUGGGGAAAUUGGGAUCUUGUGCAAUGCCCUGCGGAAGAUGGAGUAAGGAGAACACUUUGGAGACAUCCUUCAAAACUGAUGUGCACAAUGAUAGAAUCUCAAUGUAUCUCAUCAAUCUUGUAGAUUUCCAUUAUACUCUUUGUACUUAUAAUCUGUGUGCUUGUUCAUUAUAACAUUUACUGCAUUCUGCUUCAUCUUUAAAUAAAUUAUUCAUAAAUACCUACUGCAACCCAUGCACUAGUCAUUUUAAGUAGAACAUUUUAAUAUUAGUAGUCAUAUUAUUAGAGUAGCACUCUCUCAAUGAAUCACAUAGACAGGCAUACUACUAGCCAAUGAAAAUGGCACAUCGGGAAAAUUAGUCUUUCAUUGUAAAUAUUAAGCGACAUAAAACAAGUAUUAACUUUCUCUAAAUGAAUUAUUCGAUAAGUGAGUGAGGUUUUCGUUAGAUUUUGUUAACUCCAACAAGGAGAAGUAUUAUUUUAUCAUACCUUUGUCAGCAUGUUCUAGAAAUCCAACACCCGCCAUUACAUUAUUGAUAGGUUAACCGACGUAAUUUUCCGUAACCAGCUGUGACAGAUUAAAUUAGAAGAGUGCUAUUCCAAAACUAUUAGCUCAGGCUUUGAAGAUGAUCUAAUUCGCACUUGAGUAUUCUAUCUACAGUGGUUAAAUCGCAAAUAACAAAAAUGUAUCCUUGCAUUAUGCUAUAAAAAGCUAAGCCUAUAUAACAAUAACGAAAUACAAUGUGUAUGUCCAGAAUGUUAUUAGAGAAUGUGUUUGAUUAUAUCCUGAAUUCUGAUUAAUCCAAAUGAUUGACUGUUUUUCCAUUCUUUACUAUCACCAUCAUAUUUGUUUGUAUAAUAUUCAUGAAAAUGUGUUAUUAUUAACUGGCCAAAUAAAUGUAUUUAUAUCCUGAAAAGGUUAUCUUUCAAAUAAAUGAUCUCAAAAUAA